AUGUACAGCUUCAUGGGCGGAGGGCUGUUCUGCGCUGGCGUGGGGAACAUUCUCCUCAUCGUCUCCACGGCAACCGAUUAUUGGAUGCAGUACCGGCAGUCCAGCAACUACAUGCACCAGGGGCUGUGGCGCUACUGCAUGCCGGGGAAAUGCUUCACGCACAACGACAACAUCGCCCACUUAGACGCCACACGCGCCCUCAUGAUCCUGUCUCUGCUGGCCUGCUUCAUCGGCAUCAUCAUCGGCAUCAUGGCCUUCAUCCAUUACUCCUCCUUCGACCGCUUCGAUAAGACCUUCGCUGCAGGCAUUCUGUUUUUCAUCUCAUGCUUUUUAGUGUUUCUGGCUAUGGCUGUGUACACUGGUGUGACUAUUAACUACUACGGGAAGCGCUAUGGAAACUGGAGGUUCUCCUGGUCCUAUAUAAUCGGCUGGGUGUCUGUGGUCCUCACCUUCUUUUCAGGUAAAGUGUGGAGGGUGCACCACCUAAAACAGCAGCAAGAGUACUCCUAUGGUAAUAUAUUGGAGCUUAAGAUGUUUCUGACGGCACUGCGGCUUAUUGGAGACUAUGAGGAACUGCCAAAGAACUGA